GGACGCUAUCGGGCGGUCGGGCACGUAUCCGGGUGCAUCACACGUGAUACAAAGGGAUAUCCAGAAAGAGGAAAAGUCGAGGCGAGUUGGGUGAGUGACGACUGACGGGAAGAAAAAUGAAGAGUACUCAGAGAAAAUCUGAUAAAGAACUUCUGUAUGAAGUAUGGAGACUCCUAAUUAGACAACAUCUAAUCGAAGGAAACCAUGAGGGAGAAGUGGUCUCCCUACCAAUAAUAGACGAUAAAGUACAUGUACUUCCAGACGAAGGAACAGGAUAUGUAACAGAUAAGAAAGAUUUCUCAGAGGAUCAAUGGAGAUGUCUAACUGUGUUAGAAUCUGCAUUGUUGGCUGAACAAAAGCCAAUGUAUCUACCAGGUUACGGUCCGAAGAGUCAAAUGUCAACAACAGCUGUGAUCGAGAAUGGGUCAAGUGAAAUGAGUGAAGAUUUGGUAAAUACAGAGGCGAGGGCCGCAGGCGAGUCCAGGUCAAGCGAAUUGACUGGAGGCGAGACGAAAAGCGGCGAAUUAAAUGGCGGCGAGAUAAGUGCAGGCGAGAAAACCACAGACGAUGAAUCAGUUGAGCCUAAUGGCCACAAGACUGUCAAAACAGUCUCUGUCGACACACAGUUGACUGAGUUGAAGAGCAUGGUGGAAAAGCUAUGUAGCUCAAAUAUAACUUCAACAAAAGCACUGUAUGAAGACGAUGAAUCAGUUGAGCCUAAUGGCCACAAGACUGUCAAAACAGUCUCUGUCGACACACAGUUGACUGAGUUGAAGAGCAUGGUGGAAAAGCUAUGUAGCUCAAAUAUAACUUCAACAAAAGCACUGUAUGAAGGAAAAGUCAAGUCAAGUAAACAACGUAAAUUCUUUGAGUCAAUUAGCUGGCGAGAAAUUAAAACCAAUAAACUUUUACACAUCAUUGACGAUAGCAUUCUGGUUACUGUGGACGAGGAAACUCUUGCAAAAUAG